UCCGGACGCUCCCCUCAGCCGCAGCCGCUGCUCCUCCCCGGCGGCCGCCCCCCGCGGGUCCCUCCCUGGCUGCGGGAGACGCGGAGGACGCCGGCGCGCCGCACCCGAGCUCUGCGCCUCGCCCUGCCGGCCCUCGCCCCGUGAGAGCAACAUGGCAGAUAAUCUCAGUGAAACCUUAAAGAAGCUGAAGAUAACAGCUGUUGACAAGACAGAGGAUAGUUUAGAUGGAUGCUUGGAUUGUCUGCUUCAAGCUCUGGCUCAAAAUAACACAGAAACAAGUGAAAAAAUACAAGGAGGUGGAAUCCUUCAAUUGUUUGCAAGUCUGUUAACUCCACAGUCUUCCUGCACAGCCAAAGUAGCUAACAUCAUAGCAGAAGUAGCCAAAAAUGAAUUUAUGCGAACUCCAUGUGUGGAUGCCAGAUUGAUUCCACCACUGGUGCAGCUGUUAAAUAGCAAAGACCAGGAAGUGCUGCUUCAAACGGGCAGGGCUCUGGGAAACAUAUGCUACGAUAGCCAUGAGGGCAGAAGUGCAGUUGACCAAGCAGGUGGUGCACAGAUUGUAAUUGACCAUUUAAGGUCACUGUGCAGUAUAACAGAUCCCGCCAAUGAGAAGCUCUUGACUGUCCUUUGUGGCAUGCUGAUGAACUAUAGCAAUGAGAAUGAUUCUCUUCAAGCUCAGCUUAUCAAUAUGGGUGUUAUCCCCACCUUAGUAAAAUUACUGGGCAUCCACUACCACAAUGCAGCUCUUACAGAAAUGUGUCUUGUUGCAUUUGGUAAUUUAGCAGAACUUGAGUCAAGUAAAGAACAGUUUGCUAGUACAAACAUUGCUGAAGAGCUUGUGAAGCUUUUCAAGAAACAAAUAGAACAUGAUAAAAGAGAAAUGAUUUUUGAAGUUCUUGCUCCAUUGGCAGAAAAUGAUGCUAUUAAACUACAGCUGGUUGAAGCAGGUUUGGUAGAGUGUCUACUAGAGAUCGUUCAGCAGAAGGUGGAUAGCGACAAAGAGGAUGACAUUGCUGAGCUUAAAACUGCUUCAGAUCUGAUGGUUCUAUUACUUCUUGGAGAUGAAUCCAUGCAGAAACUUUUUGAAGGAGGAAAAGGCAGUGUGUUCCAAAGGGUACUUUCCUGGAUUCCAUCAAAUAACCACCAGCUACAGCUUGCUGGGGCAUUGGCAAUUGCAAACUUUGCCAGGAAUGAUGGAAAUUGUAUUCAUAUGGUAGACAACGGAAUUGUAGAAAAACUUAUGGAUUUACUGGACAGACACGUAGAAGAUGGGAACGUGACUGUGCAGCAUGCAGCACUAAGUGCCCUCAGGAACCUAGCCAUUCCAGUUGUAAAUAAAGCAAAGAUGUUAUCAGCUGGAGUCACAGAGACAGUUUUGAAAUUCCUUAAAUCUGAAAUGCCACCAGUUCAGUUCAAACUUCUGGGAACAUUAAGAAUGUUAAUAGAUGCACAAGCAGAAGCUGCUGAACAACUGGGAAAGAAUGCUAAAUUGGUAGAGCGUCUGGUGGAAUGGUGUGAAGCCAAAGAUCAUGCUGGCGUGAUGGGAGAGUCCAACAGACUGCUCUCUGCUCUCAUACGGCACAGUAAAUCAAAAGAUGUAAUUAAAACCAUUAUACAGAGUGGUGGCAUCAAGCACCUAGUUACCAUGGCAACUAGUGAACAUGUAAUAAUGCAGAACGAAGCUCUUGUUGCUUUGGCACUAAUAGCAGCUUUAGAAUUGGGCACUGCUGAGAAAGAUCUAGAAAGUGCUAAGCUUGUACAGAUUUUACACAGACUGCUAGCAGAUGAGAGAAGUGCCCCUGAAAUUAAAUAUAAUUCCAUGGUCCUGAUCUGUGCUCUCAUGGGAUCUGAAUCUCUACACAAGGAAGUGCAGGAUUUGGCCUUUCUAGAUGUUGUAUCCAAACUUCGCAGUCAUGAGAACAAAAGCGUUGCCCAGCAGGCCUCUCUCACAGAGCAGAGACUUACUGUGGAAAGCUGAGGACUGUUCCUCUUGGCACAAGGCAUCACCCCAGCUCUGGUUUCCCCUUUGUCCUCCAUCCAGCCACUUCUUCAACUUCAUUCUCUGCUACAUCACUUGUGCAUGCGUGUAACGUUGCAAUACCAGUUGAACUGCUAUAGGUACCUGCCUAAUAAGAGUUCUAAACCCAUAGUUAAUGUGACUGUGACUGUCCAAGCCAGUCUCCACCCAUAACUGUUCUUCUGUAUACCUGAUGCUUGACUACAUUAAGUAAAAUGUGCAUGUUGUAGUCCUCUGAUGAUGUAGACUUGGUACUACGUAUGACUUGCUCCUCACAUGCAGUAAACUACAUAAUAAUGUACUGGUAAAUUAGAAACAAAGAAUGCAGCAAGAUCUGUCUAGCUUAAAGAUGAAACUGAAUAGUAAAAACAGCUCCAUUUUUAUUUUGGUGUUUGGGAAGCACAGUGAUGAAAAAAGCGUGUAUGGCUGCUCAUUUGUUAGUCUUCUAAAUGUCAGCCAAUGUACCUAGAGCUGAAUAAACCCCAGGGCUCUCCCACUAUUUUCUCUAUGGUUUCUCGUUUUUCUGAACUACAUAGUCUGUUUGCCACAAAGUUAGCAAAACUUCUAAGGUUUCCAAUUCUGUGUUUAAUUGACAGUGAUCUUAGCCCAAUGUUGAAACAUAGUUUUCAGUGUGAUCAGAACUAAGGGGUUGAAGGACCCCUAUUACACUACACCACGUUGGGUUUUGCCUGUAUUUUAGAUUUUGAUGCAUACAUAGUUUCAUCUAGAAUUUCUUCUAUCAGUUAACCAGCAUUGCCCAACACUUGUCUUUAAAAGUUACUUGGCAUUCAUUUCAACUGAGGAAAAUUAAGUAUAGCCUGUUGGAGAAUGGGCCUUUUUUCUGUUUUCAUCGUUCGGGUUAAAAGCAAGGCAUUUCAUCCUUCAUACUCCUUCACAUAUCGUACUAAUUCUAAUGGUUAGAAGAGGAGACAUGAAGAAGUAAGCUUGUCUACACUAAAGAGAGGAAGGCAGGUUUUAAAAGCCAUAGUAGCCAGUCCAGUACAUACUGCAGAUGGCCUCAUACCAAUCACUGUUAGUUCCUCACCUGCACUUUCCCACUGAGAACUGCAGUAAUCUCACAGAAGCCAGGACCCGAGAUGAGAAGAGCCUCCUUGGCAAAGUGCACUGUGCUCUUCACUGCCAUUAACGACCACCUGAGUUUUUAGAGCUUUGACACACAGUCUUUGUAAAUUAAUCAGGACAUCCCCAUGACCACCUGCCUUCUCCUCACACCUACCAUUGACCACAGCUAGCCUGUGAGGGAGGGUAGAGUCCUUUACAGGACUGCAGGGCAGUGGGAGAGGCUGCUGAGGAGGUGACAAGUUCCUUCCUCCCCAGCACGAGAUACAUACACCUCUGUGCAUGAUCUAAAUUGGACUUUUGACUUUCAAAUAGCUGUAAUUGAAGAAAGUUAAAACCUUGGUGGAAGUAAAAAGCCUUCUAACUAUUCCCUUUGAUGUCCAAAUAGGGAACUAUUGUGGGUGAUAAUGCUACACUUACUGUAAGAAUGAUCUCAUUUAUUGUCUUUCUUCUGGGCUGGAUAGUGGACUAUAUUUUGUUAGGUUUUGAAAGACAUCUGUAAUGUUGCAUAGUUGACUGUCCAUAUUAAUAACUUAAUAAAUAGUAUAUGAAACUA